UAGUAGUGCUAGAGGUGCCGGAGAGAGUCGAAUAGAUAGAUAUAUAGAUAGAUUCCGAAGAACUAAUAGGGCUAAAAUGGUCGUUAUUAGAGCAGGCAAAAGGUCCUUCUACGAGCGACAACGAUGAAGAUAACGGAUACGAUCGAGAGAAACCAUUUCACAAAUGAUCCAGCAGAGUGGGAUAAUUUCAUAUCUGAGCUAUUGCUAGAGAGAUUCGACGAACGGUGAAGAAUCGGAUUCCGAUUAGGAAUGUGGAGGAUUUUACGCUCUCCCGGCGAUCCCAAGAGAAGAAAUCUCACAGUUUAGACAGGUUUACAAAAGGGGAGUGAGAUGAUGAUUGGUGGCAGUACGUGUGACGUCGUUAAGCUACGAAGGGUAUCAAUCAAGCGAGAGAGAGAGAGAGACAUCGGUCGCGGCGGAAGAGGGGAAGGAGAGUUGACAGGAGGAAAAAUGUCUAUGAAGAAGAGAUGUCGGGUGCUUGUGUUGUGGUGCUGGAAGUCUCGGAAACUCUUUCAUGGGAUUAUGCCUUGUAGGUGUUCGUAGAAAUGCCUGAGUGACUGUAAACGGAUCACUUCCCGUGUUGUAAGUUGGUUCGAUGAGAAAAAAGGCGUCGACUUGGAACCGGUUUAGGCCCCCAUUCCUUUUAGGCCAAGCAUCUUCGGUUAUAACCGGUCACGAGCACCCCUUGACUUCGAUACACUUACUCAGCCUCCAAGAUAAAGACUCAGAGAGAAGCUUGACAUUGAAGAAACAGAGGAGAGGAGUGCUACGGAUCCAUCUCUUUCGUGAUUGUUUCCCGCUCCGUCUCCUUCUCUUUAGUUUUAGCGGGAAAAUAUAUCUGCAUGAACUGUUCUUGGUUUUAAUAAGCGCUCCCUUACGUCGCCAUGCUCAUCGCUUGUAGCAACAUACGUAAAAGCUAACGUUGUCUGCCAUUGUUCUUCUCUCCGUUCACGUAACUUCAUGGCUUUAGUGUUUCGCGGUUCUUCUCCUCUGUGAUUUAUCUUUUUGGUGUAACUCUGCGGCUCCAUCGUACGAAGUCAAUGAUGUCAUCAUGACUCUUUCACAUUAUAUCGACAUGUCUGCAAGUGAAAGGUCAUCUUUAAGCUGGGGGAAUUUUUUGCCUGAAAAGUAUGUUGGUAGGUGGAUCCAACUCCAAAAGAAGGACAAAAAAGGGUUCCUCAUUUUUCUCGUGAAACAAUAUGAAGAACCUUUUCACCGCAUUGAAAGCUACGGAUUCAAGCAUAUACAUGCAUGGGUGGAUCUGACUAAAUGCAAUUUCGAGCAAACGAGGGAGCAAGCGGACGCUCAGCUUGUGCCAAUCGAAGAUGAGACCGAGGAAGAACUUCAAUGGCGAGGAGGAAGACAACCCACUUUGUUGGUCGCUCCGGAUUUCACCCACAUGAGGCGUAAACAAAUGCUACAAGGCCUGAGGCUCCAAAAGAGAGCGUGGUCUCCAACAGAGCUCGGCCUUGGCUUCUUAAAAGCAAGCAACAGAGCACGUCGCAGUGAGACAUCUAGUGCAGAUUCUCCACAGAGAUUGUGGUCUCCAACAGAGCUCGGUUUUAGCUUCAGGUUUUCAAAAGCAAGGGAAGAAGACGCACGUAGCAGUGAGACAUCUAGUGCAGAUUCUCCAGUUCUUGCCAAUCAAGACGAAGCAGUCCAUACGUUCUGGCAGAGUCAGCCUAUCGAGCAUCUCUCUGAUGGGCCAAUUCAAACUUCAUCUCUUGUCAAGAAGAAGCCUGAAAAGAUCGGUGCUGACCAUGAAUGGACAACACUAGAUCUGAGUUCGGAUGCUGUUUUAUCAGAGGUGUGUAAGCUUCUCGUGGAACACGAUUAUGAAGGUGAUGGUAAGUUCAGAUAUGCUAACCCUGGGGAUUUUCUGAGGUGGGCACUGAGACCACCUGGGUAUUAUCAAAGCUGGCACAUUGGAAUCCGUGUCAAGAAGAGUCUCGUUGCUUGCCUUUUUGGGGUGCCUGCAAGAAUCAUAGUGCGUGAUAAUGAGGCUGUUAAAGUAGCAGCAGUCAGGUUCUUGUGCGUUCAAAAGGACUUCAGGUCUAAGGGACUUGUCCCUAUUAUGAUUAAAGAGAUGAUUCGAAGGGUCAAUUUAAAGGAUAUUUGGCAAGGCGCUUUCUGCACUGAUUUGCUAGUGGCAACUCCAGUCACCACUAUAAGACAGUGGAUCAGAAUGUUGAACCCGGCGAAUGUUUCAAAGUUUUUAGGUGAAGCCAUGUCAAUAAAAGACGCCACCAAACUCUACGAGCUACCAAAUGCACCGGUGACCCCUGGAUUUCGAAAAAUGGUACAAUCUGACGUCCAUGCUGUCACAGAGCUGCUCAGGGUAUACCUUCUAGAGUUUGAAGUUGCGGCAGAGUUUCGUGAAGAAGAUGUCAAGAAUUGGCUUCUCCCCAAAAACAAUGUUGUAGAUUGUUACGUAGUAGAAGACCCUGAAACUCAUGUUGUCACCGACUGUUGCAGCUUCUACACUAUCUCUUUUACUGUCGGUGGCAGGAAAAACGUCCAAAUGAAAGGGGCUUAUUCUUACUACAAUGUGGCAACAAAGACACCGCUUGUCCAGCUGAUAAGGGAUAUCUUAAUCAUCUGUAGGCAGAAUAAAUUUGAUAUCUUCCAUGCAAAGGAUGUGAUGGACAACAAGACUUUCUUUGAACAACUAAAGUUUGAAGAAGUUGGUGCACAGAAUCAUUUCUAUCUCUUCAACCAGCGCUUAAGGACUGGAUUGCAGCCUUCUCAACUAGGCUUGACUCUUUUCUAAAUGGCUUUCAUUUUGUGAAUUAGAGGAACCGAAGGAUCGUUACUAUAAUGGUGAAAACGAGGAACAAAAGGGCAAAAUGAAGAUGAGUGUCCAAUGAUUUUGUAGAUACAUGUGAACCUAAAGGGUCGUCUUAGUGUCAAAUAGUUUUUUUUUGAGUCAAGAAGCUGAUGUGGCAAGACUUGCGAGUCAUGUAUAGGGAAAGAAGUGAACCUAACGAAUUUGAAAUCUAAAACCUUUGUUAGCUCGUAAUAACGAUUACGUUUGUACAAUAAUCUCAAAGGUAUAGAAGAUAAUGUCGAUGUCCAGUUAA